AUGAAGCCUUUCAACAGUGGGACAAGAGGAAGCAAAAUAAUAGUAACAACAAGAAAUGAAAAAGUUGCAGAUGUCAUUCGAACUGUUGAUACACACCACCUUAGAGAAUUGUCAAAAGAUGAGUGUUGGGCACUAUUUAUGAAGCACGCUUCCAAUGGAAACUCUAAAAAGUUUAUUGAAAACCCACAAUUAGAAAGUAUCAGCAGAGAAAUUGCUAAUAAAUGUAAUGGUUUACCAUUAGCUGCUAAAGUUCUAGGAGGCCUCUUGAGAUCAACACUGGAUGUUGAGAGAUGGAAACAAAUAGCAAAGAAUGAUAUUUGGGAGUUGACACAUAAAAGGAGCAAGAUAGUUCCAGCUGCUUUAGAAUUGAGCUACUACUAUCUUCCUCCACACUUGAAGGGGUGUUUUUCUUAUUGUUCAAUAUUCCAAAAGGCUAUGAAUUUCAAAGAGCGGAGUUGGUCUUAUUAUGGAUGGCUGAAAAUCUUGUGCAACAUUCCGGGAAGACUAUGA